UUCCGUGAAAAAAGUCGUACUGCUGUCAGCGUCAGACCACUCCCUCUCUGAAUGUGAACGGAAGAGCAGUUUAGUCUUCUUUCCCUGUCACAGUGUUUCCCACAGACGUGUCUUCUGAGAAGUAUGAGCGCAGUAAAUGAUGGCGGAGGCCAGCGCGCUUGAAGAGCUACAGUCGGAGCUCACCUGCCCGGUGUGUUUGGAACUCUUCCGUGAUCCCGUGAUCCUUGAGUGCGGGCACCACUUCUGCCAGGUGUGCAUCAUCCAGUGCUGGGAAGCUAAGGCGGACGAACUCUCGAGUUGCCCGAAGUGUAGAAAGUCGUGCGCCCGGAAACUGCGACCCAACUCGCUCCUGUGCAACGUGGUGGAUAGUGUGCGCAGAGCCCGCGCCAUGGACGCGGCCGCGGGGAUGUGCGUGUGGGACCACGAAGGUACGCUGGAGAUGCCCGAGGACCGCGAGCGGGGUUCCAGCAUGAGCAGCGUGGCCUCGUCCAUCGGGCACUGGCCACGCCUGGGAAUGGGUUUGGAUAUGUGCGAGGAGCACGAGGAGAAGCUGAAGCUCUACUGUGAGGAUGACCAGCUUCCCAUCUGCCUAGUGUGCGGGAUGUCUCGAGACCACAAGAACCACAAUGUCAUCCCCAUUACAGAGGCUUUUGAAAGCUACAGGGGUAAGCUGUCUGUGGUUCUGGAGAGGGUUCAGGUGCAGACACAGGAGGCCACACUCUUCCAAAAACAGACCAAUGAAAAGAUCCUCCUCAUUAAGGAGCGAGCGGGAGAUUUGGAGGAGCUGGUCUCUGCAGAGUUUGGCCGUAUGAGGGAGUUCCUCGUUGAGGAGGAGGAGCGCAUAAAGGAAAAACUGCAGAAGCAGAAGGAGGAGAAGCUUCAGCAGCUGGAGGAGGCGCUCACUCAGUCCACGGAGCAGAUCAGCCAACUGGAGAUUACAGCCGAUAAACUUCGGCUCAAACUUAGAGAAGAAGAAAAUCCUGAGCAACUCAAGGGGAUCAAAGAUUUUAUUGGAGGGGCAGAGAGCUUGUUUGAGCGCCCUGCAGAGAUGGCUGUGGACCUGCAAUCUGGAGACUUUCUGGGACCUCUCCAGUACAGGAUUUGGAGGAAAAUGAGCUCAAUUCUUCAGCCAGCUGUGACACCUGUGACCCUUGACCCAGACACAGCCUACCCUUGUCUGUGGGUUUCCCCGUGUCGCACCAGCGUCCAGGUAGGAAAACUACAAGCGAACCUGCCCAACAACCCCGAGCGCUUCACCCGCUACAACAUUGUCCUGGGCUCUGAAGCCUUCUCUUCAGGCAGACACUACUGGGAGGUCGAGGUAGGCUCUAAGACGGCGUGGGGACUGGGUGUGGCCACAGCUUCCGUCAACAGGAAAGAUGAGAUCAGCCUUUGCCCGGAUGAUGGUUUCUGGACGCUGGUGCUGAGGGACAGCGGAAACGGCACCAGCGAGUAUGAAGCUUGCACUGACAUAGAGGAGAACUUAUUAUAUCCCUCCAAACCUCCGAAGAGAGUGGGGAUAUACCUGGACUACGGUCGUGGCCUAGUGUCGUUUUAUGAUGCUGGAGACAUGAGCCACCUCUUCACAUUCAAUGAUGCAAAAUUCAAAGAGCCUGUUUUCCCCUACUUCAAUCCCUGGCCGAUCAUCAACGGACACAACCGGGAGCCGCUCACCAUAGUAACGCCACACUGGGGAUAGAUGGCCUUUUUUUCAUCAGAGAACCAACACUGCGCAUCAAACGGAUUCAGGAUCAAACUGCAGACUCUGCUGCUAAUCACUUUAAGGGACUUGUCUCAUUAGCAUUCACACAUCUGUCUUAUUACAAGGACUUUUUAGGGGUAUGACGACGGUCUUGUAAGGCUGUCAAGCUGUGGAUGAAACAUCAGAAGGACAAGAAAGGCGACACUUCAAUCAAUCUAGCUGCAAAGAAAGUACAUGAAAAGAUAAUCAAUGAACUGUUUAGCUAAAACCUAAUCUGUUUGAUCCAUUAUUCCUCUGUGUGCCACCGAGCUCCGUUGCUGUUUGACAAAUACUGUUAUAAACACAACCUGACACAGUCUUUUAUUGUGGUGAGCACACACACUGGUUUUAUUCUCAGUCAGUCGAAUGCACAUCUUCCUUCUGAUGGAUAUAUUCAGCAGUGCACCUAAUGCAUAUUAAUCUGCACCUAAACUAGUUCCAAACAGAUGACUGUGUCUUCUUUUUGAGUAAUUUUUGUUGAAACACAGACAUUUAAAGAAAACAUUUUUGACAUUUUGUAUUUUAAUGUGAGUUUUUAUAACUAUGAUAUCAAAACAUGGUUUGUUUUGGCUUUUUUAACUGGAUUUUCUAGCAAAGUUUUUAAUGCUUUUUGUAUUUUUUUUUUAAAGUACUUUACAGAAAGCAUAUCUACUGCUAUCAUUCGGCACAUUGUUUGUGUUUCAUCUAACAAUGCAAUACCAUUUUUUUU